AUGAGAAAUAAGGUGGAGGUUAUGAUGGAUGAGUAGAUUACCAGUCACGGGGAAGUAGAGGAUACAGACUGUGUGGAAGGGGCUUUGUUGCUGCUGCGUCAGGACCAAGAUGUUGCUGUGAGCCUGGCAAAAGUACUGCCCACUCUCCCUUGCCAGUCUCAGGGUCAGCUCUCGCCCGAUUCCCACUUCCUGCCACCUACCGAUGCCUACUUCCUGCCACCCACCCUGCUCAUCCAAACUGCUCCAGCUCCAGACGACAGAGGGAGGGUGGUAGGUGGCUUGACAGUACAGGGUGACACUCUGCCCCUCCAUGGUUACCAGGUCCUUGGGUGUGGAUGACACAGACACAUUGGAGAGUCUCUCUAGGGAGAUAGGAAGAGACAUGGAUAACUACUUUGUGGUACUGAAAUACACACAGAUUACAGAUCCAGACUUAACUCUUAGAAAAGGGUUCCAAAAGGACAACCCUUUUUGGUUCCUGGUAGAACCCUUUUGGGUUCCACGUAGAACCCUCUGUGGAAAGGUUUGACCCCAUGAACCAUAGUUUGACCCCAUAAACUUAGCCUCAACCACAUUACCCAUUUACCUCUAACCUGACUGCACUACACGUGACACACCAUGAACACACUGUCUUUGUGUAUCCAAACCAUACCCAUCAACACACUCAUCAAAGAAUUUGUCAAAGCCAAAAAGGGGGGCGGGGUUGUAGAUUGUAGUGGCGGACGGUGGCCGCCACCCACCUCAUCAUCGUGGGGUGCUUCAUCUUGGUCUUCUUCGUAGUAGUAGUCUGUAACCUGCUCAUCGCCCGGGCCCUGCUCGCCCAGUCCCCUAUCCAGACUCGGGGCUCUAGUUCAUACAUGCUCCGGGGGGUGAAGGGCCAGGCCCUGCAGAUGAUGUGUGCCGUGGUGGGGGUGUUUGUGGUGUGCUUCCUCCCCCACCACGUGGUCCAGGGCCCCUGGACUCUGGCUGUACUGGAGAUCAAGGAGGGCUGGGGCAGUAUGGACUGGGACCAGCGGACCAGG